UUAAGAUUUGAAAGGACGAAGACAGAAGUAGUGGUGUUAUGGAACAAUGGAUGAUAAUGACAAUCACGAAGCAUUACUCAAUUCACCAUUAAUAAAAACAAAAAUUUGUCGUCCACGUCUGGUCGCUAAAAAUGGUCGUUGUACAUUGCGACAAAUUGGAAUACCUCAUCCAUGUCGAUCUAUUUACAGGAAUUGGUUCCAUUUGGUAAUCGAAUGUAGUUGGCGGAUUAUUUUAUGCGUAUUUGCUAGUGGUUUUAUUAUUACUUGGGUGUUUUUUGCUCUAAUUUAUUAUCUUAUUGUAUUACCUGAUCUUUCCAUUACAAAGAAAGAGAAUGAGCAGUGUAUUGCAAACGUUUACGAUUUGAAGACUGCCUUCCUGUUCAGCCUGGAAACACAACAUACUAUUGGUUAUGGAUUCCGAUAUGUGACAGAUGCAUGCUUAUCACUUGUUUUUGUCCUAGCAUUGCAAUGUAUUGCGGGUGUUUUCAUGCAAACAAUGUUAAGUGGCAUUGUUGUCGCCAAAUUGUUACGACCAAAAAAGCGUAAACAGGAAAUGAGAUUCUCACAAAUAGCAGUAAUAGGUCCAAUGAGUGAUAAUGAUAAUAGACCAGCAUUGAUGAUACGAAUAGCUGAUAUACAAAAUAAUUUGUAUAUCGCUGAACCACACGUUCGAUUAUAUAUGGUAACAUCAAAAAUGAAUAAAAAAGGUGAGCGAGAAUUGGCUGACUUCAAAGAUAUGAAUGUUGGUUAUGAUGCUGGCUGGGAUCGUGUACUUCUGUUGUGGCCAAUAACAGUGAAACAUUUAAUUGAUGAUCAAAGUCCAUUACUUACGAUAACACCUGAUGGGAUGCAUAAUGCCGAUUUUGAGAUUAUCAUGACAGUUGAAGGAAUUGUUGAAGCAACCGGUAUGACAUUCCAAGCUCGAACAUCAUUUUUACCUGAUGAAAUACUCUGGGGAUACAGAUUUCGUUCAAUGGUUAUAUUAAAUGAAAAAAUUGGCAGGUAUGAAAUAAAAUAUAAAUUAUUUGAUGAAAUUGAAACAGUUGAUGAUAUUAACCUGAAAGCAAUGGAAAUUGAUGAUAAUAAUGAUGGUUAUACUAAUUCAACACGAAAUAUUUCCGGAUUUAAUUGA